GACUACCAAUUCCAAGUACAUCAGACAGAUCUAGUGGAGGAAAUGGGUGAAUAUAGUCAUUUAUGAACCUGCUAAGUUUUCUCGUUUGUCUUUCCAGCUAUCUUGUUUGUAAAAGUAAACGUCUCUUGGAAGAUAGACAUAAAACUAAACACAGAUUUGUAAAUCUAGGUUUUACCCUUUGUUUGCUGUUGUUUAGAAAUGAGUGAACGCUACUAGCUUAUCAUAUUUACUAGUAUUGAAUAAUAAAAUACGGAUCACAUUAAAUUGUUACUAAUAUAUGGGGAUAACUUUCAUAUUUGGUAAAAUUUUCGAGUAUUUUUCCCUUUUCCCAACUGCACGCAAUUUUGAGCUGUCCAAAUGUUGUCAAUGUCUAUUUUGGGAGUAAACAGUUAUUCCCUUCCACAAAGUGUAAACAGAUUGGUUGUUGCAAAAUUUUAUCAAGACCAUGAAACCUCAAGAAGUUUUUUCACAAAGACCGAGUCCUAAGGCUAAGGGUGGCCAUACAAACUAAUAGAAAUACCUCUUUAUAACCCAAAUGCUAACUCAUUUUGCGGAUCUAAUUGAGUUGCCAAAAACAAAACUCACAAAGAAGACCAACUUUGCCUACAUUAUCAUAACCAUCACAAACAAAACAAAAAAAGGCAAAGAAGAAACCAAAGAAUGGCUGAAGAUCCACAAGACGUAGCCGAUCGCGAACUAGUCUUCAAGCGUUUUGAUUUAAAUGGUGAUGGAAAAAUUUCUUCAGCAGAACUUGGAGAGGCCUUGAAGAUGCUAGGCUCUGUAACCUCUGAAGAAGUCCAGCAUAUGAUGGCUGAACUUGACACUGAUGGGGAUGGCUUCAUUUCUUUUGAAGAAUUCGAAGAAUUUGCUCGAGCCAAUAGAGGUUUGAUCAAGGAUGUUGCUAAAGUAUUCUAGCUUUCUUUGAUGCACAAACUUUACCAUUAGAAGUGGAUUUAGGGUGGGUUUUGCGGGUUCAACUAAAUUCAUUGCUUUCAGCUUUCAACUCGAACUAUGUAUACGUAUGCAAAAAAUGUUUAAAAUGUAUACAUAUA